AUGGCAUCUGUUGUACCCAGUCUUCGUCGAGGCGGUUUGGGAUCUCCAACUUCGUUUUCGUCGACAAAUCACAUCAUGUCGGGGCUUCAAGAUAGCGACUUGGGCGUCGAUACCGUUAAAGCAGACUACAGCUUUUUUCGCACCACAAAAUUCAAAAUAUGUUUCUUAGCAAUGUGCAUAAACGUCCUCACCUUUGGCUUGGAUGCCUUUAUCAUAGUAGUAGCUGUCCCACGUAUAGUGAGCCAGUUCGAUUCUCUGGAUAAGGUGGAAUGGCUCAACACGGCAUUCUUCAUACCUUGCGCCGGAUGUAUUCUUAUAUAUUCCCAAAUCAUGACAGUAUUCUCCCCAAAAUGGAUCUACCUGGGAGCGGUGGUCGUCUUUGAGAUUGGAUCAGCAAUCUGCGGUGCCGCACAAUCGAUGAACAUGCUUAUCGUGGGAAGAGCAGUGGCAGGUCUAGGUGGUGCAGGUCUAUGGAACGCUUCAUACCUCAUCGGCGGUGAACUGAUCCCUUUCGAAAAACGCGCCGGAUAUUUCAGUCUCUUUGGAGUCAGCUUUAUAGUAGCAUCUGUGAUGGGACCACUGGUUGGCGGUGCAUUCACCGACAUCGGGGCUGAAGGCUGGAGAUGGUGUUUCUACAUCAAUCUGCCGAUUGGCGGUGUCGCCCUUGCUCUACUGGCCCUGACUUUACCCAAAGUCCGCUUAUUCCCACGAUACGACGGUAAACCUGAUGGCCGUAGUCGGUUCGUUCGUCUUCUAACCCUCGACUGGGUGUCGACCCUCUUCACGAUUGGCUUUGUCACUUGUCUCGGAAUUGGGACCCAAUGGGGCGGCGUGACCAAGGCUUGGAAUGACGUGGGGGUCGUAGUGAACCUGGCUCUCGCUGGGGCGUUCGUGAUCCUAAUCAUCGGCUGGAGUUUGUUCCUCGGAGACAAAGCAAUGCUUCCACCAAGUCUUCUGAGACGUAGACAUAUAUCAGCCGGCGCUUGGGCAAACUUUUUUGCUUUCGGAGCAGUCGUGGUCUACCUAUACUACCUCCCAUUACAUUUCGAAGCGAUCGAUGGUAAAAGCGCCGUCCGUGCUGGGGUCCUCUUGCUGGGGGUACAGUUGUCAAUGAGUCCCUUCCUGAUCAUAGCUGGAAAGCUUGCCGAGAGAACGGGUAUUGCCAAAUAUACCGUCGUCGUCGGGGGAGGUUUGAUCGCCGUCGCCUCGGGCUUACUCACCACAAUCUCUCCUGGCUCAGGGUUAACAAAAAUUAUAGUUUUCGAAGUCAUCAGUGGUAUCGGGUUUGGUUGUGCUCUCAAUAUCAUUGUCGUGCUCGUACAAGCCGACUAUCUGAGUGAACCUCACAUGAUCCCUCAUGCCACCAAUACAAUCAACUUUGCUGGUUUCUUGGGUCGUAUUGUUGCUAUGAACACGGCCACAUCUGUAUUCCAAAACAAGCUCGGUCAAGGGCUCAAGGGUCUGACUGAUCUCCCUGUCUCACUCAUAGCUGAAAUCUCUGCCGCUCCCGAAUCUAUCUGGUCCGCCAUUCCCGACUCUGUCCGUCCCGCCGUGCUUGAUAUUUACUCCAAAUCCAUCAAUAACGUCUGGUGGUACUGUCUCGCCUCAGGCUGCAUGUGUAUCCUCUCGGCCCUGUUGAUGCGCAAUCUCAACAUCAAAGAAAUCGGUCUGGCCGCGGCCAAAGCACGCGAAUUGGCAGGCAGUCCGACUUACGCCAUGGAAACAAAACGGGAAGUGGGCAUUGAAGAAUCAGCAGGAAGUAGUAAGACAGAUCUCAAAGAUUGA